AUGGCCGACACAGUGUACCGCGCGAGCACCACGGCGCCGGUGAACAUCGCCGUCGUCAAGUACUGGGGCAAACGGGACCCCAAGCUCAACUUACCGACCAACAGCUCGCUUUCAGUGACGCUGUCGCAGGCCGACUUGCGUACAUUGACGACCGCCUCGUGCUCCGCCUCGUACCCGGCCGCAGAGGGCGAUUCGUUGCUGCUCAACGGCGAGCUGUCCGAUGUCUCGGGCGCCCGCACCCAGGCCUGCUUCCGCGAACUGCGGUCGCGCCGCGCCGCCCUAGAGGCCGCCAACCCAUCGCUCCCUAAGCUCUCAACCUUCCCGCUUCGCCUUGUGUCCGAGAACAACUUCCCGACCGCUGCGGGGCUCGCUUCGUCCGCGGCCGGUUUUGCAGCCCUGGUUCGCGCUAUUGCCAACCUGUACGAGCUGCCCGCGUCGCCAUCGGAGCUGAGCCUUAUCGCCCGUCAGGGCUCCGGGUCGGCGUGCCGUAGCUUGUUUGGCGGGUACGUCGCGUGGCGUAUGGGCGAUGCCGCCGACGGCAGCGACUCGAAGGCUGACCAGGUGGCCGAGGCAUCGCACUGGCCCGAGAUGCGCGCCAUUGUGCUUGUUGUGUCGGCCGCGAAGAAAGGUGUUAGCUCGACCUCGGGUAUGCAGCAGACGGUGGCCACGUCGGGCCUAUUCCAGGAGCGCAUUGCCAAGGUCGUGCCGGAGAACAUGGCUACCAUGGAGAAGGCCAUCCACAACCGUGACUUUGCCUCUUUUGCCGAGGUCACGAUGCGCGAUUCCAACUCGUUCCAUGCCACCUGCGCGGACACUUACCCGCCCAUCUUUUACAUGAACGACGUCUCGCGUGCCGCCAUCCGCGCUGUCGAGCAGAUCAACGCGGCCGCUGGGCAGACCGUGGCCGCCUACACCUUUGACGCCGGUCCGAAUGCGGUCAUCUACUACCUGGAAAAGGACACGGAGGCGGUUGUGGGCACGCUCUACCACGUUCUCGGUGGUGAGAUAACCGGGUGGAAGGACGCGGUGCUCAAGGGGCUCAAGCCGAGCAUCUCGGUAGACGAAGGCGCGGCUAGCAUCCUCAAAAACGGAGUGAGCCGGGUGAUUCUCACGGGCGCGAUCCUUUACGCCUUCUUGCCCGCCGGCUUCCCCCACACCGUCACCGAUGACUACCUAGCCUACCAAACCUUCGACUCGCUCCAGGCUUUCGCCUCAUCCAUCACAUCCCUCCUAGCUAACCGGGCCGUACUCGAAGGUCUAGGCGUGGGCAGCUCGUCGUCCUCUCCAACCGGCGCGCUGAUCCUCAAGGUCACUGGCGACACCAUCUCGCGUAUCGCGACCAUCUUAUUCGCUCACCGCAUGGGCCAAGCCAUCGAGCCCGAGUGCAAGUUCUACCGCUUCCUAGCCGACAUCUUCAAUGACUCGGCUCAGUUCCUCGACCUACUCACCCCCGCCCUGCCCUACUUCCCCAAGCUGGGCAUCAUCGUCUCUGCCGGCGUGUUGCGCUCGCUAUGUGGCGUCGCCGCCAACGCCAGCAAAGCCAGUCUCUCGGCGCAUUUUGCGCUGACCGGGAACCUCGCCGAGCUCAACGCCAAGGAGGCGUCACAAGAAACCGUCGUCAGCCUGCUAGGUAUGCUGGUCGGCUCAAUGGUAGUGCGCAUGGUCGAGGACAAGCAGGUCGUGUGGAUGCUCAUGGUCCUGCUCGCCGGCGUGCACCUGACCAUGAACUACCACGCCGUGCGUGCCGUGAAGAUGCGCUCGCUCAACCGCCAGCGCGCGACUAUCGUCUUUCGCGAGUGGCUCGACCACGGUACCGUGUUGACGCCGGAUCAGGUGUCUGCGCGGGAGAGUAUCCUGCGCAAUGGCCGUGGGAAUCUGGCGAGCAAGACUGGGGACUACACUGGGUUUUGUGACUUUGGCACGUACGGCGACUUGAUGAGUUGGAACCCGCGCGCCCACCACCGCUAUGAUUUCGAGACGAGUACCUAUUUUAUGGGGAUAUGGCAUCGCGGGGGGUACUUUUACAUCCGCAUCGCACUCAAAGAAGGGGUCAAGAGUCCGCUAGCGGCCUGGUUUGACGCCGUUAACCAUGCGUAUCACUUCGACUCGGCCCUCAAGGACGGACUUCAGAGCCACUAUGAGAGCGAGCUACCGCUAGGGUAUGUGUCUGAGGAGCAGAAGCAGACCAUCUUUGGGGCUAUGGCGGCGGCGGGGUGGAAUUUAGAAGUCAAUGCGCUCGAGACGAGGUUGCCAGUCAGGGUGAGGGUGGGCGAGGGGCGGAAAGGUGAGUGA